CCAUCAUCCAUUCUCAACUCUCAACUUAAUUUUAACCAUCUCUCUCUCUCUCUCUCUUAAAUCAAUCAAGCAGUAUCAAAGAAAGCAAGAAAGGGUAUCAAAAGAUGGGAAGAGCACCUUGUUGUGACAAAAAUGGAUUGAAGAAGGGACCUUGGACUCCAGAAGAGGAUCAGAAGCUGAUCGAUUAUAUUCAGAAAAAUGGGCAUGGAAGUUGGCGAACCCUUCCCAAGAAUGCUGGACUUCAGAGGUGUGGAAAGAGUUGCAGACUUCGAUGGACGAACUACCUGAGACCUGACAUCAAGAGAGGAAGAUUUUCCUUUGAUGAGGAAGAAACCAUAAUUCAACUUCACAGUAUUUUGGGGAACAAGUGGUCUGCCAUUGCUGCUCGCUUGCCUGGUAGGACUGAUAACGAAAUCAAGAACUACUGGAACACCCACAUUAGAAAGAGGCUUCUUCGAAUGGGAAUCGAUCCCGUAACUCAUAGCCCAAGACUCGAUCUUCUCGACGUCUCCUCUCUUAUUGGCUCAGUACCACUCUAUAACCAAUCUCAGUUAAAUGUCUCUAGAUUGCUUGGGAUUCAACCUCUCCUCAACCCUGAGCUUCUUAGGUUUGCCACCACUCUCUUAACAUCCCAACACCGCCUCGACAAUCCCAAUCCCGACCUUCAACUUCUACAGAACCUCCAAGAAAACAAUUCUCUCUCCAACUCCCAAUUUCAAACCCAAUUCCCUUCUUUCACUUCAUCCAAUCAACUCCAAACCCCAAUUCAAGAAACCCAGAUCUUGGAGACCAAUGUGGACCAGUUCCCAUCAAAUUUAAACAGCUUUAGCUGCCAUAAUUCCCCAUCUAGUGCUUGGCAAGACAAUGGUGCUCUCUCUUCUAAUUUCACAGAUGAUUUUAUUCCCUUAUCCAAUUUCGGCUACUACAACUCUGCUGAUCAAUCCAUGGUUGACCCUCUAUCUAAAAACUCUAAUCUCCAAUCCAACAAUCAAAAUUUCAACUUUGCUUCGGUUUUAUCGACACCUUCAUCAUCAAGCCUGACUCCUUUGAAUUCAUCGCCUACAUACAUUAACGGCGGCACUGAAGAUGAGAGGGACAGCUAUUGCAGUAACAUGUUGAAGUUCGAACUUCCUGAUCUCCUAGAUGUCAAUGGAUUCAUGUAAA